ACCGGGGUCUGUGUGUGCUGGAUGGGGGUGCCCCUGUAAUCCCAUUAAUGCGGCCGGCGUCGCGGAUUUCACCUGGUGUGGCCUAUUUGUGGGCUGCCAGUCACGUGACGAGCAGCCGUUUCCUGCAGUAGUGUGGUGGUGUUUUUGCCGAGCAGCCGGCUGUCGGUCCUGCUUGAUACUCGCCAAGUAAGACCUCGGUACGUCGUAAGUGAACAGGGCUGCAGAUUGCCCGUGCCUCCUCAGCUCAUGGCUCGGAUCACGUUUGAGGACCUGGCGGAGCUGGAGGACGAGCAGCUGGACAAUGACGUCCCGGAGGACAACUCUGAGCCAAUGGACGAGGAGGAGGAGGAGAGGCUGUUGGCCCAUUGGCAGGCUGUAGCCAGCACACACCAAGUGUCCGUCCCCCAAGAAAUGUCUGGUCCGAUUCAGCUGAUGACGAGACAGAGCCAAGUCCGAGAGCAGGUGCCAUAUGUCACAGUAUCUCGGCAUGAAAAGCUGGAUGAGACUGUGUACGAGGAGAGAGUGUAUCCAGCUGGGAAAUGGGCCUGCGUCACCAAGGGGGAGGACCUGUACGAGCAGAGCAUUUCUAUGGCCUUCAUGAAACUGAUGCGCUACAUCUGCAAGGAAAACUCUACAGGCCGUUACUUAGGGAUGACCGUGCCGGUUGUGAAUAAGAUCCAGAUCUUGGAGGAUGGGACAGGCUUUGUUAGAGAGAUCCUGACAGCUUAUUACCUACCCGCUGAGUUCCAGGACAACCCACCGGAUCCGACAGACCCCGAAAUUGCCAUCAUCCAGAGAGGGCCUCUCAGAGUCAUCACCAGGGUGUUCCUCGGGACGACCACAGAGGAGACCAUCACAAGGCAGAUCAGCCUGCUGUGGGAGCUGCUGGGGUCCACGGACGACUUCCACAGAGACAUGUACAUGGUGGCAGUGUAUGAGAACCCAGGAGUGGCCUGCCGCAGGAACGAGAUCUGGUUCAUCCGCCGCGACCCCUAGAGCCAAAGGUUAGCGUGUCCAGGAUCUCGCCAGAAUCCCCCACCCCUCCACAGGACUGAGCAACCUUCAUUUUAUAUAGCGCCUUUCACGGCACAUCGUCUCAAGGCACUGUACGACAAAACAAUCCAACAGAAAAAACGGGUAUUCACGAAUCAAGGCAGUCGCUUUUCCGGGACGGGAAGCCGGAGUGUAACUGUGAGUUUUAAAAGAGGAUUUGAAAGGGGUGAUGGGUGCAAAAUCUGAUUACGCCAUGCGAAACUUGGUUCACCUGAUUCUGGAUUACCUGCCUGCACAGAUGGUCAGAAACCUCAAGAGUGACCCUGAUUUCUUUCUCCCUCUGUGGCUCGGUUUUCCUUACAAUCCUGGUAGUCCGGAGGUUCGGCAUGCCCUGAGAGUGAAGAGAUAAUGGGAAGAUAUGUGUAAUGCCUUCUGUCUUCUCGGUUAUAUCCCGUUCAGUCUCUGUAACGGCCUGCGCGUUAAGAGGGGCUGACUCUGGGGAGUACAGUGAGCUGCAAAGGUAGUGAAAUAUGAGGGGCUGGGUGACAUCUGUGGCCUAAUUCAAAUGUAGCACCACACAAAGGCAGGUGAGCAGUUAGACCUGUUCAGCAGGCAUUCUGCACACCUGUAGAAGCAGGUGACAGGACAGAGGAUUCAGCCUCCUGGUUGAUCUGAACCAGUAUUUCACACUGGUCCUGAAGUGGUACCAGUGUUUUGCACUGCAAGUGGAAAGGCUUGUAGCUGUUUGUCACAGGAGACAUAAAUCGCGUUUCCAGAUUGAAGUACUUUUUUCCUCUUCCUCUUUGCUUUUGGUUAAGGAUGUUGGCAUGCAUAUAAAUCACUUCUUCUUGUUGUUUGGCUUUAUAGCAUACACCGUGCCUUGCUGCUUGCUGAAAAUCCUAAAAAAAAACUUUAACAAAGUUUUUGUUUUAGAAGCAGUUUUACAUUCAAAUUAGUUUUUGAAUGAUUCAUAGAAAGGGUAGUUCUUGUUCUCCAGAUUAUUUUGAGUCAUGUAUCAAUGGAUAAAUGACACAUGAUUAUCAUUAAUCAAAUAUCCUAUUAAACCAGUCUCGGCCUGGAGUAAUACAGCAAUAACAUGGACUGUAAAAACAAGAUUUAUAAAUCAUUCCUCCCUCAAGGCAUUGAUAUUGAGCAAAUAUUCAGUGUCGGUGAGCCCAGUGUAUGUGCAUUGAAUGUUGAGGUUUGUGCUGAAUAAAUUACAUAUACUGUACAGUAUAAAACCGCACUACACAAUACAAAUUCUAAUCACUUAGUGGAAUCCAUAUUUUUUAAUGAGGAGAAAGUUUUGUUAAACGUUGCGAAUUACAAAUAUUUUUGUCAAAUAAGUGUGAUUGAUUGGAGCCUUGUUUUUUUUUUCUGUAAAGAGAAUUGAUUCAUCUAAAAGAUACUUUCAGACAACUGUUGGGGCUUUCAAAGAUACUUUUUGAUAAUGGUGUUUUUUUAAACUGAAAGCACUACAGUACUGCACAAUUAAGUGGUUCUUUCAAAUGAAUUAAUUUUAAAAAAGCUACUAUUUUGAAAUGGUUUUUCAGUUGUGAAACAUUUUGUCAUAAAAGUGUAUCCGUUGAAGCAUUUCAACUCACCACUAUAGGACAAAAGCAAUGACAUUUGAUUCUGUGUUGCAGUCUUGAAAGGUUGUCCAGUAGCACCUAUUUUAAAACUGAUUAUUUCCAGCAGUUCGCAAAACAAAAACAUGUUUUCAGCAACAUAAACAUUCAGCAACAUAAACAUUUUGUGUAACAUUCUUGGUGAAUGAAAGGGAUUGCGAAUUUGAUUAGGGAAACAUUACUUUGAAAACAAAAUGAUUAUUCUUGUGGGGGGGGGAUUUAUUAUAAAGAAAAGAAGUCUGAGAGGGGAUCAGUUGAUGUAGAGCCGAUUAAAUGUACUAUAGAUGACUUGAAUGGAGAGACAAUCGUGUUUACCUUGGGUAAUACUUUAUCUUUAGAGUAACCAUUGAUUUGAGAUAUGUUUGUUGUUUUUAAUGUUGACAGUUUUAUAAGUUACUUUACCUUUUUCAAUUUGUAGAUUUUGUAUAAUGUAUCCUAUGCACCUUUGUCUGCUUCAGCAAAACAUGGAAACAUUUGGUCCAAUUACUUUUUAGUGAGUUGCAAUAUGUUUCUAAAUGCCUUUCCUUUCCUUGAAACCUGUUCAAAAUCUUCUGCAACCUUUUUCUUACUGUUGCAAUUGUACAAGAAGACAAUGUUCCAAUAAGUGAGAUUCCUCAUCUGGUUUUAUUGCAUGCAGCUGUGACAAAGUGAGCAUUAGUUAAGCCACACAUUUUGUGAAACUUUGCUUUUUUUGUAUCAGUGCAUACUGUAUUGUUACAUUACAGGGAUUUGUAUGGAGUUUAUCGUGAGGUGUCCUAUAUUUGUUGCAAUAAAGUGUUAUUUCAGUCUA